AUGCCAUGCCAUUCAGCUAAAGUUAACUCUGCACAAAAUAAAUAUCCACCGAUUUCUUCAACAAAAUCAACUCGAGCCAAAACUGCACAUUAUCAUCAUAAGAAUGCGGCUGAACAUGGAAAAAACAUAAAAUUAUUACAGGAACAUUGUAAACGUAUAGAAAGAGGGAAAAUUGAUAACUUAGAUGGUUCAGAUGGAAUAAAAUUCGAUGAUUAUUUACGAGUAACAGGAAUUGGCAAUGAACGGGCUCCUACGAUUACAUCUGUACGGUUAAAGGUCAAUCCUGUUCUCUUUCCAAAAAAAGAAAUUGAAAGAAUUAAAGAAGCAUCAAGAUUUCUAAAUAUCGAAGAAAAAAUUGAAGAAAAUCGUAGACGAGAAGAAUAUGCUAAACGUGCCAAAAGUGAAUCUGAUAGUAGAAAAGAACUUUUAAGAAAAAUCGAUGAGGAAAAACAAAAAAUACAGGACGUGAAAGAGAAGAAUAAAGAUAAAAAGAAAGAAUAUGACGAGAUGGAAAAAGCUAAGGUUUUAGAUAGAGUGUUCUUAUAUAAGCAAGAACAAGAGGAAGAAGUCAGAAAAGCCAAUAGAAUAAUAUUAAAUGCCAAAUGUAGCGUUGUGCGAGAAGCUCAAAUGCAAGAAAAAAAUGAGAUCGCCAAAGAAAUAAGAAAAGAAGAAAUAAAAUUAGAAAAUCAAAUGCUUGAAACCGAUAAGAAAUAUGUUGAAGAGGAUGAGAAAAAAGCAGAUCAAGCUAAAAUUAAUAGACAAAUUUAUGCUGAUGAAAUAAAAAAACAACUUGAAUUGAAAGAAAGUCUUCGGCUAUUAGAAGUUCAACGAAUGCAAGAUGAACAGAGAGUUCAAUCAAAAGUCUUUGGAAAAAUAUCACUUGAAGACAAAAUUGAGAAAAAAAUUAAGAAAGAAAAACGUGAAAAAUUACGUGAAGAAUUGGACAAAGUUUGCGAAACUUUUAAAAUGUUUAAACAAUUGAAAUUUGAACAAGAGAAAAGCGAUGAAGUGAAAAUUCGUCAAUAUAUUAAUUUAAGAGAAGAACGUCAACGAAAAAUUGAACUGGAACGUAAAAUAGCAAGAGAAGCAGUUGAUCAAAAGAAGCAAAAAUUAUUUGAAAUACAACAAAAGCUACUUUUGGUGAAAAGCAAUCAAGAAGAGGUAGCCCUUCGUCGAGAUCAAGAAAAUAAAGAACGUGAAUAUCGACAGAAAGAGAAAGAAAAAAUAAUGAAAAGAAAAGAAUUUGAGAAAAUUUUUGCAAAAUGCAGAGAAGAGCAAAUCAUAGAAAAGAAACGACAUCAAGCAUUAACAAUAGCCAGAAAUGAGGAAGACUUUAGAAAUACAGUGCAAAAACUUAAAGAAGAAGAGGCAAAACUAAAAGAAAUUGAAGAGCAACGUUCUAAAAUGAAAGAAAAAUAUAGAGAAGAUAUUAUUCAACAAAUGAGCCAGAAAAAAAUGGAACGUUUAGAAAAAGAAAGAAAAGCUAAAAAUGAAUUUAAAGUAUGGCAACAAAAACAAGAUGAACGUGAUAGAAACGUUCGUAUGGUUAUUGAUACAAAAUUAAAAGCACUAAAAGAAUCAAAUCUUCCUGAAAAAUAUAUUAAGGAUGUUGAAAAACAAUUGGAAUUUGCAUUGAAUUCAACUCAAAAUUUGUGA